AUGUCCGACCAGGACGUGGAAGGCGGCAAGCCCGCUGCUGCAAAUCCAACACAAAUACCGCAUUUCAGACAAGUCCUCGACCAGGCUGGCGUUACGCCUGAGGUUCAGAACUGGGAGUAUGAAGGCAGCGGAACCGAGGAAGAUCCCUACGUCGUUGUCUGGAUCGACAAUGACCCAAGAAACCCGAUGCUGUAUAGCGAGUUGAAGAAGUGGUCCUUGACCAUGGUGGUGGCGAUCGCGACUCUGGCGGUGGCAUUCGUAUCCAGUGCCUAUUCAGGAGGUUCGAAAGAAGUCAUCAGAGAGUUCGGCUGCAGUCAGGAAGUUUACACUCUGGGAAUCUCCCUGUUCGUGUUGGGUUUUGCGAUCGGUCCCUUGCUGUGGGCUCCCAUGUCUGAGUUGUUCGGUCGUCAGAUCCUGUUUGUCACCACCUAUGCUGGACUUACUGCAUUCAACGCUGGCGCUGCUGGAUCUCAGAAUAUCUGGACUCUGAUCAUUCUUCGAUUCUUUGCCGGCGCCAUUGGCUCGAGUCCGCUCACAAAUGCCGGCGGAGUGAUUGCAGACAUGUUCUCUGCGAAGGAGCGAGGACUUGCAAUGUCACUGUUCGCCGCAGCACCGUUCAUGGGUCCAGUCCUAGGUCCCAUUGUUGGUGGCUUCGUGGGCGAGACAGUCGGCUGGCGUUGGGUCGAAGGAGUCAUGGCCAUCUUCACGGGAGUACUCUGGAUUUUCGGCUCGGCCGUGGUCCCAGAAACCUAUCCACCUGUCAUCCUCCGCCAACGGGCCAAAAAGCUUUCGCAAAUGACUGGAAAAGUGUACAAGACUCGUGGAGACAUUCAGCAAGGCUCAGUCCCUGUUGGCGAGAUCUUCAAGACUUCGCUUUCGAGACCACCGAUCCUCCUCACCCGCGAGCCGAUUGUGUUGUUGCUGUCGAUCUACAUGGCGAUCAUUUACGGCACACUCUACAUGUGUUUCGGAGCCUUCCCAAUCGUAUACCAGCAGCUCCGCGGCUGGAGUCCUGGUAUCGGUGGCUUGGCAUUUCUUGGCGUUGCCGUAGGAAUGCUUAUGGCGGUUGGAUAUGCCAUCUGGGACAACAAGAGAUACUCAAAGAUCAGUGACGCGUACGAGGGCUUCGCGCCGCCAGAGGCACGGCUACCGCUUUGCAUGGUGGGUUCCAUUGCUGUUCCGAUCGGUCUAUUCUGCUGGUGCACCCUUUGGUUUUGGAAUGGUAUCUUCCUCGGCAUAAUGAACUACCUCAUCGAUGCGUAUACGAUCUUUGCGGCAUCUGUCCUGGCAGCAAACUCCGUCUUGCGUUCAAUCUUCGGAGCGGUAUUUCCGCUAUUCACGACCCAGAUGUUCUCCAACUUAGGCAUCCAUUGGGCGGCGUCUAUCCCGGCUUUCUUGGCUCUCGUCUGUGUGCCUUUCCCGUUCAUCUUCUACAAGUACGGAGCCCAGAUCCGAGCCAAGUGCAAGUAUGCCGCCCAAUCCGAGAAGUUCAUGCGAGACAUGCAGCAGCAAGUACAAAAGGACCCAGAAGACUCGAAGGAUUUUGCCACACCUCUCGACAGCGAGGAGGCAGCCGAUGAGGAGAAGUAUGAGCACGAUCGUCCGCGAGAGCCGGUUGAAGAAGUCGAGCGGCGGCAGUCCCUCGUGGAGUCGGAGAAGGAUGACGAAUCCCCUCAAUUCGCCCCCAUUUUUCGGACGAUCCAGAGUCGGACGACGGAACGCAGAGGAUCGACAUACAGCGGAAAUCCUUUUGACUUAGAUAGAAUCCAUACUAGGGAGAGUUUCAAGUCUUCAAGGAGCGUCACAUGA